CGUUUCCAAGCAUGGGAGACAGGCUGCCGGAGCCUCACGCCAGCUCUUCCCCUGCUGUGGCUGCCAGCUCGGAGGCGGAAGAAAUCGAGGUGCUGGACUCUGAAGAUGUCCUACCUAUGGCCGCAGAGGAUCACUGGAAAGCCCUAUUUGAUCAGAAAGGUAGCUGUUCCUGCAGGCAGGCACUAAAGCAAGAGGAAAGCAGCUGGGAUGGAGCAGAAGUCAGGAAGCAGGCUGAAAUGUUUGAUCCUGACAACACUGGCUACAUCAGCACGGAGAAGUUCCGCUCCCUCCUCCAGAGGCACGGCUCGGAGCUGGACCCCCACAAGCUGGAGGUGCUGCUGGCCCUGGCAGACAGCAACUCUGAGGGGAGGAUCUGCUACCAGGACUUUGUCAACCUGAUGAGCAACAAGAGGUCCAACAGUUUCCGGCAGGCCAUCCUGCAGGGGAACAGGAGGCUGUGCAGCAAGGCCCUGCUGGAGGAGACGGGGCUGAGCCUCUCGCAGCGGCUGAUCCGGCACGUGGCCUACGAGACGCUCCCGCGGGAGAUCGACCGCAAGUGGUACUACGACAGCUACACCUGCUGCCCCCCGCCCUGGUUCAUGAUCACCAUCACCAUCGUGGAGGUUGCCUUUUUUCUUUACAAUGGAGUGGUCUUAGACAGAUUUGUGCUGCAAGUCAGCCACCCUUUGUACCUGAAGAAUGCAUUGCUGUACCAUCCCCAGCUUCGGGCCCAGGCUUGGAGGUAUCUAACCUACAUAUUCAUGCAUGCAGGGAUAGAACACCUUGGGCUCAAUGUUGUCCUUCAGCUCUUGGUUGGGGUUCCUCUGGAAAUGGUGCACGGAGCUGCGAGGAUCAGUUUUGUGUACGUUGCAGGAGUUGUGGCAGGGUCCCUGGCAGUGUCAGUGGCUGACAUGAGGGCGCCGGUGGUGGGCUCCUCUGGAGGUGUGUAUGCUCUUGUCUCUGCUCACCUGGCCAAUAUUGUGAUGAACUGGUCAGGAAUGAAGUGCCAAUUCAAACUGCUGCGCAUGGCUGUUGCCUUGAUCUGUAUGAGCUUUGAAUUUGGAAGAGCCGUGUGGCUGCGAUUCCACCCCUCUGCUUACCCCCCCUGCCCCCACCCCAGCUUCAUGGCCCACCUGGGAGGGGUCAUGGUUGGAAUCACCCUUGGUGUUAUCAUCCUGAGGAACUAUGAGCAGAGACUCCAGGAUCAGACUUUAUGGUGGAUCUUCCUUUCUAUUUACGUCAUUUUUGUCUUGUUUGCCAUCUUCUGGAAUAUUUUUGCCUACAGUCUGUUGGAUCUAAAGCUACCUCCCCCUCCUUGAAAACAUGGGACAGAAAACUGGAGAGCAGAAGUCAUCUGUCAGCUGUGUUAAAUGAAUGAAGAUGGAGGAUCUAUUUUUGUAUUUAACUUGGGAGGAUGAUUCUUCUGAACUCAUGAGUGUGCUGGAGGAGGUGCUUAAAGAUCUCAUGAAAGAAUGGGCUGAUCAGUUUGUUCACAAAUCCAGCAGGUUCUGUAACUCUGGCUGGCCAUGCCCUGCAGUUUCUGCCCUGCACCUGGGCACUGACUGCUUGGGUUGUUGUCACACAUCAAUAUUUUCCAUGAGAUAUUUGUAUUUUCCAGGUCAGUGCUGGAAUUGUGGCCAGUUGUUCAGUGAAUUUCCUCUAUGUUACUGAACACCAAAAGGGAAAAAGAUCAGACAUUUACUAAUUAGAGACUCAAAUGGUACUCACAAGGCAGCUUGAGUCUGGUUUCUUUGGACACAUCUGACUGUUCAGCCAUACCAGUGCCACUGUCUAAUUACUUGAAUGGUUCCUAAGGUAUUUUAGUCUCUGCUGAAACUUGUCUUGCACAACUUUCAAAGGAAUCGGCAGAACUUGAUCACACAAAGUGAUGGAGACUGGUCUUCAACCACAGGUCAAAUGAAAUUGCACUAUAAACAUUGGGAAUCUUAGAGUGUUGUGGAUACCCAGCCAGAAGUGACUUUUCCUGUGCAUGUUUCACUUGAUUUUCAUUAAUUAUUCCCCCUUCCCCAGCCUGCUGUGGCUAGAGGGUGUAGCUGGAUUGUUGGGUUUUUUGGUUUUUUAGGUUUUUUUUUUUUUGAGGGAUGAAGGAAAGGAGUGCAAAUGUUCAUUUGUGGUUUUAUCAGAUGACAAUCAGGUGCUGUUUUCUUCUCAUUAUUUUUCCGACCACACUGACCUAACACCUGUCCUGCAGUGAGCUCCUAGCAAGGAUCUCAACUCUUCCAGCAGGUUCUUACUAGGAAAAUGGGACCAUGAUCACCUCCAGCCGCCCAGGGUGGGAACUAUCCAGUCUUUACAGCCAUACAAUCCAUUUGGGGCCAAGUCCACUGAAGGCAGUGGAGUUAAAUCACUUUGUAUGUAGCACUGGUUUCCCAAUGAAGCGGAGAGGGUGUUAUUUGCUACAGUGAUCAUUGUGAAAUGGAUAAAACUGGUUUUAAUAUGAUUUCUAAAAUGUUGUGGAUGCCUCCUCCUGAGGCAAUGGAUGUUCAGGAGCCCCAGACAAGAGUUAGUUGAGUGAUGCCUUUUUCUGUAAUGUUGGUCCAGCCCAGUUCAGGCAAUCUGUGAGUGGGCUGUGGCACAGUUCACACAGUUGCCUGCACAGACUUAGGGACCACAUGGGGACAUCUGUAGCACAAGCAGAGCUUAUAGGUACUCUUCUCUGUAAGGUGCUUGUUUUGCUUGUCACUUCAGAGAGCUGCAAAUUACAGUCCAGGACUGUGGGUGCCCUCCUUUUCUCUGCCCUUUACCCACCUAUCCAAUGGUCUGGACAAAGCAGCCAUAAUAGUCUCUCCAGACAAGCUCCUCUCUUCCUUUUUCCUAUUUCCUGCUGGUGCCCAGGCACAGCCACCAGAGUCUUUCACAGCACAUCCCACGGGCACCGUAGCAGUUGUGUUUGCUCUGUAGAAAAAUGUCUCUGUGUUGUGGGCUUUAUUCUCUCAGCUAUGCUCUCCAUGCUGCCAGAUGAUACCACAAGCUAGUAGGAGCCUGUCCUUCCAGAGGGGACACCCACAAGUGCUUAUCAGCUGCCCCCUUCUUUGCCUCUUAUGGAAAAAUAACUCUGGGCUGAGGGGUGAAGUCUUGUUCUACCAGAUGCACUCAUAAAACUUCUGUUGCCUCAGAAGGAGGGGAUAGAAAAUAAC